GCCGGCGCCAUUUUGAAAGUGGAGCGUUUGGGGGGGGGCCGGAGCGAGGCGCGGAGCGGGGGCAGCCCCAGGAGCGGAGCCGGCCGCACCCCCGCCGCCAUCCGCCGCCAUCCGCCCCCCGCCGCCGCCCCCCGCCCGGCACCGGCGGCCCCGCCGCGCAGCGCCGAGACCGCCAGACCCGCCGCGGCCGCUAUCGCGAGCCCAACAUGGCAGGAGCUGGAGGAGGAAAUGACAUUCAGUGGUGUUUUUCUCAGGUGAAAGGCGCUGUGGAUGAUGAUGUAGCAGAAGCGGAUAUAAUUUCUACAGUAGAGUUUAACCAUUCUGGAGAGCUGUUAGCAACAGGAGACAAAGGAGGUAGAGUUGUCAUCUUUCAACAGGAGCAGGAGAACAAAACCCAGUCUCACAGUAGGGGAGAAUAUAAUGUUUACAGUACCUUUCAAAGCCAUGAACCAGAGUUUGACUACUUGAAAAGUUUAGAAAUUGAAGAGAAGAUCAACAAAAUUAGGUGGUUACCGCAGAAAAAUGCUGCUCAGUUUUUAUUGUCUACCAAUGAUAAAACAAUAAAGUUAUGGAAAAUCAGUGAAAGGGACAAAAGACCAGAGGGUUAUAAUUUAAAGGAAGAAGAUGGACGGUAUAGAGAUCCUACUACAGUUACAACACUACGGGUGCCAGUAUUCAGGCCCAUGGACCUCAUGGUUGAAGCUAGUCCACGAAGAAUAUUUGCCAAUGCUCACACGUAUCACAUCAAUUCCAUCUCCAUCAAUAGCGAUUAUGAGACGUACUUAUCCGCAGAUGACUUGCGGAUUAACCUGUGGCACCUAGAAAUUACAGACAGAAGUUUUAAUAUAGUAGAUAUUAAGCCUGCCAACAUGGAGGAGCUCACAGAGGUGAUAACAGCUGCAGAGUUCCACCCCAACAGCUGUAACACGUUUGUAUACAGCAGCAGUAAAGGAACAAUUCGCCUCUGUGACAUGAGAGCAUCAGCACUCUGUGACAGACACUCAAAAUUGUUUGAAGAACCAGAAGACCCUAGCAACAGAUCAUUUUUCUCUGAAAUCAUCUCUUCCAUAUCUGAUGUCAAAUUUAGCCAUAGUGGUCGAUACAUGAUGACUAGAGAUUACCUGUCAGUGAAGAUCUGGGAUUUAAAUAUGGAAAAUAGACCUGUGGAAACAUACCAGGUACAUGAAUACCUCAGAAGUAAACUUUGCUCACUGUAUGAGAACGAUUGUAUCUUUGACAAAUUUGAAUGCUGUUGGAAUGGAUCAGACAGCAUCGUCAUGACGGGAUCUUACAACAACUUCUUCAGAAUGUUUGACAGAAACACCAAGCGAGACAUCACCUUAGAGGCGUCCCGGGAGAACAACAAGCCCCGUACGGUUUUGAAGCCACGUAAAGUCUGUGCAAGUGGUAAGCGAAAGAAGGAUGAAAUCAGUGUUGACAGCUUAGACUUCAACAAGAAGAUUCUCCACACAGCCUGGCAUCCCAAGGAAAACAUCAUUGCCGUCGCCACUACAAACAACUUGUAUAUAUUUCAAGACAAAAUGAAUUAGGGUUGGCAUUCCUAACUGAAGAGUCCACUUCCUGCAUAGUUGAAAUAGUUGAAUCUAGCAUUUGUACCUGUAAACGAAAAGAGAAUGAGAGGUCCAUUGUGGCACCCCUUUCCAGUGUCUAAAAAUGUGCCAUAUGACAACACACUCUUAUAGCUACAUGGAGAAAGCCCUGUUGAUGCGUCACUGUGUUCUUCUCCAUGUCUGCUAGCCAUUUAGGUGAGGAUAGGGCACUUUUUAAUUUAAAUGACUACUUGCACCAUCUUGCCUAAUGGACUAGAUUUGGACUGUAUCAACGUCGGUUUACUCCACUUUUUAUGCCUUCCAUUGUGAUGACGUCAAACACAGGGAAAGCCUUCAGUCAUGCUAUGGGAUUUAAUUGUGUAACCUCAUUACUGUAUCAUUCGUGGCCCCCUUUUUUUAUUAAAUACAGCUCAUUCUUGCUGUGGCUUGUAGCAUUCCUCCUCCUUCUGGCCUCCUGGACUCCCCCUUUCCCCCCUUCAUCUCCCUCCACCGAGCCUUGGUGGUGGUGUAUAGAAAAACAACAAAAUAAAGCACAUGAAAUGGGUCCGUUUGGGGUCAGUGGUAAAGGGGGUCUGUGUUGCAACAAAUGUUUUAAUAAACAGUUGACUGUAAUCACUCCUUGCCAUGUCUGGCACCAAAAAAAAAAAGAGAAAAUAGGGAAGAAAACAAACAAACUACUGAAUAAAAGUGACAAAGAAUGGAAUCUGUUUUUCUUUUUUUUAAUCUACCUCUUUAUACAAAUACUCUGUGUUUUACCUUAGAUGCAUGAAAAUAAAAUGAUGUUUUUUGUAAUGAUUUUAACCAGUAUUAAUUAUUUUUCACGGGACUGAAGAGAGGGAGGGAUUUCACAAGUACCAUGACAGGAAUACCAGCAGUAGCCUGCCUUGAGCACCCACGUCUCCAAACCCUGACCUGCCGUCAGAUUCUGCUGUAAUCUGCACAGGUUGGUCACUGGUUCAGUGUCCUUGAAGGCUCUUUUUUUUUAACAUCUGUAUACUAAUUGCUUAAAUUGGACUAGGAAUAGAAUUUUCAGGUUUCAAAGUCCGUUUAAGGGACUGUGGUCUUAAUGUUUCGUUUCGUCCUGGUUCCUUUAAUGCCUCGUUUUAGGACUCGAUACCUUUAAUGCCUUGUUUAGAGCACUAAGUCCCCUGUGGCUUUUGAAAAAGUUGUCUGAAUUCUUGUCUGGCAGUAUGAUGUUCUGUAGUAUGAAAUACCAGGUGAUGACGUAGAUAAUUGCUACACUGCAUUCUGAGAUGCUCUAUUUUCUGUAUUUUAUUGCUGUCAGUAACUGAGUGGAAAUGUAGUUUUACCAUGUGUGUGUUUCCUCUGGCUUUUGGCUUUUGCAAAGUGAUUGCACUUACAGAGAUGUUGAAAGAUCAGAACAUACAUGGGGUGCAGAAGCUGCAUGAAAUAAGUGUUCAUAGUUUAUUUGAGAGAUUUAAACUCUUCAGCAAAUAAGGCUUAUCCAAAGAUGAACUAGAUAUUGAUGCUUUAUAAGACUCAUGAGUUUUUACCUCCAGAUAUUUUUGCUAAUUGUGCUUUUAGGUUUUACUCUUCCUUCAUGGAAAUGUUCAGGAUGAAGUUUAAGGUCACAGUGAACUUGCCUUGACUGGGAGAAUUCUCACUUUUCAGUUCCCUGUGUUUAAAUGAUUUCUGUGGCUUAGUUAUAGGUAGUUAUUAUAAUGCCUCUAUUAUUUGAUCAACUGAGAAACUGUUUCUGCUGUAAAAUUAUGGCUGGGUUAGAGAUUGUUAACAAGACUACUAUUGCAACCAUACUUUUAAUUUCUUUAAAUCCUUGUGCAGUGGUUUGAAAAUGUAAAGAUUUUAAUAUUUAUUAGACUCUGGUUCUCUUAAAUACAGUAUUUGUCUUGUAACAUGCAUGCCUGACCAUGAGCCUUUGUAAGGAUUUUACCUUUCUUUUUUUUUCACCUGUUAGCCUUGUAUAAAAAAGAAAUGAACUGCCCCGGGGACAGCAACUGAUUUCCAACGGGUGAAUCAACUAGUAGGCCCCACUCCUACUUAAACAGCAUGUGACUAAUUUUACUCAAAUGACUGUACUUGCUAACAGUUAAGGAAACAAGCUAGUUGAGUAACAUUAAUCAUGUGUGUUAGGUGUUUACAGGACCCAGGCUGAGGUUUGUUCUUUAUCUUCUCACAAGGACAAAGAGGUAAUUAGACGCUUUUUUUUUUGCAUCAGAGCUGGUAAAAUUCGUCUCCAUUUUGUCAAGAAUGGUGUAGUUUUAAUGACAGCUAUCUUGGGAAGACUGAGGGUCGUGGUAUCCAGGCUGCUGCUCCCUGUGUGAUGAGCUGAACGUGUGACGAGUGGCUCGGCACAGACAGAAGGACGUGAGGACAACACGGAACCCACCAGGUAGAUUUCACACAGAGCCAAGUGCAGCCUUCCAGCAAUACUACAUUCAAGCAAAACUGCCUCUCGGACCUCAGCUGUGCAUGUUGGGAUGGAAUGAGGGGGUUUAAAGCUAGUCUUGGGAAAGAUUUUGGGGUUUAACAGUAGCAGUGAUCCCUGGCAUGUCAUCUGAGGUUUACUUUAGCCUCUCCAAAACCAGCUACUGACUUUGGUGUCAUAGUCUCCAACUAGAUAAUUCUCUAAGCACACUGUCCAUUGACAUAUGCUGUAAAUCUUAUAUU